CUCAGGCCGGAGAGCCGAGGGAGAAGGAAGGGGGGCGGGUGGGCGUCCUCCAUGUUGGUGUCGCAGUGAGGAGCUGGGAGCGGGAGGAAAGAGAAGCGGUGCCGACCUGCUCCCCCCCUUCCAGUACCACCUCUCAGACCCCCGUCCCUCACCACCUGCCGAACGGGCAGCGGCGAGCAGACCCUUGCCACGAAAAGAUUUGAUGCUAACCGAAAAAAAAUUAGCCUACUGGACCAAAUUAAAAGCUACCCGCCUAACAUCACUCAUCAUCAGCCGCAGAGAUAACUGGCAUGCCGAAAUCUACAAUUGCACACUUGAUACAUCAGCAAGAAUGGGCAUUAUUCGAGGGACAGAAGGGAACAUCCCAAAAACAUGAGCGUGAAGUGAUUGGCAAAACCCCCAGCAGCCACCAUGUACAACGGGAUCGGACUGCCCACACCGCGGGGCAGUGGCACCAAUGGUUACGUGCAGAGGAACCUGUCGGCGGUGCGUCAGCGGCGGGAGAAGGCGGACCACCGCUCGCCGGAGGAGCUGCAGCGACUGGAGAACAGCCUUGUCCGCAAGCCCAACCAGGACAUCCUCGACCACGAGCGCAAACGCCGUGUUGAGCUCCGCUGUAUAGAACUCGAGGACAUGAUGGAGGAGCAGGGGUAUUCUCUUGAGGAAAUCCAGCAAAAAGUGGCCACGUUUCGACAGAUGCUGGUAGAGAAAGACUGUGGUCAGGGAAAGGAGGACCCGAAACAGCGGACAACGGUGAAUGAAACACACCAGCUGGCCGAGGCGAACGAGAAGAAGAAUGAGAGGCUGCGGGCCGCCUUUGGCAUCAGCGACGCCUACGUAGACGGAAGCUCCUUUGACCCCCGGCGCCGGGGCCAGGGUACAGAGGCUCCCCCUGACUCUCAGCAACAGAAGCAACAUGGCUUCAUCCGGGACCCCAGCCGGUCCCGUUCCCCCUCCCCCAAGCGGAAAAAGCGAAAGAAGGGAGGAAGCCGUGGACGGUCUUCCAGCGUGACCACACGGUCCAAGGAGAAGAAGAAGAAAAGCUCAAAGAAGAAGAGCAGGUCGCAGUCGAAGUCAAAAAGUAAGAAGAAGCACAGGUCCAGCAGCCCCAAGAGCAAGCGAGGGGCAAAGGAAAAGAGGAGAAAGAGGAGCAAGCCUCGUUCCCCACCCCGCAAGCAGCCCAGAGCAGGAAGCCCUUCCUCGUCACGUGGCUCUUCGUCGUCUCGGAGCUCCUCUCCAUCAGUGAGCAGGUCUCGAAGCCCCCGAAAGGAAGCCAGAGUUGCUGGGGGCAGCUCCUCACCCUGGACAGCUCCUGGGCCAGGCGGGGACUCACGGGGGGCCGAAGCAGCGAGGAGGGGAGAGCGGGAGGCCACGGUGAGAGGGCGAAGGAACGGGAGCCGUAGCCCCAGUAACCGGACAGCCAGGGGCAAGCAGAAGCCAGCAGAGCUCUCGCCUGCCAUGAGAUCACUGCCCCCGUCGCCCUCUCCCUCUCCCUCCCCAGCUAGGAGAGGGGAUGUUUCCUCCUCCCGUUGGGCUGAGCCCCGGGGCUCCUCCUCCCCCAUGAGGGGCCAGAGGAGCUGCCUCCCACGUGGGGCACAUCCCUCCCCUACGGCUGACGGGGUCGCCACCAGCCGGGAGAGGUCAUCGCCGAGUGCUGCCGGGUCACUUGCCAGGGUCCCUGCCCGGAGGAGCCAGUCACCACGACGGCACAGCCCCAGCCCAGCCCCCAGGAGCAACGGGUCGUCGCGGCGACAGGAGAGGUCAUCGCCGAGGAGGAGCAUCUCACCGCCACAGCACAGGAGAUCAUCAUCAAGGUCGCCGCGGCGACUGAGGUCGUCACCAAGGAAGUCUCGGGUGUCGCCAAGGAGGGAGAGGUCAUCACCGCGACGCAAAAACUUGUCACCGAGGCGCAGACGGUCAUCAUCCAGGCCAACUAAAGCCUCGCCAAGGCGUGAGAGGUCAUCGCCGAGACGUGAAAAUUCAUCGCCAAGGCGGUCUAAAGCAUCACCAAGGCGCAAGAGGUCAUCACCAAGGCCCGAGAAUUCGCCACCAAGGCAGUCUAAGGAAUCACCAAGGCGACAAAAGUCAUCACCGAGGCGCAGUAAGUCAUCACCAAGACGUGAGAAGUCAUCUCCAAGGCAAUCUAAAGCAUCACCAAGGCACGAGAGGUCAUCGUCAAGGCAGUCCAAGACAUCACCAAGGCGAGUAAAGUCAUCGCCAAGGCGCGAGAGGUUGUCGCCAAGACAGUCUAAGGCAUCACCAAAACGUGUGAAGUCAUCACCAAGGCGAGAGAGGUCGCUGCCGAGACAGAGCAAGUCACCACGACGCGAGAGGUCAUCACCAAGGCAAUCUAAAGCCUCACUGAGAUGUAGUGAGUCCCCGAGGAGCAGGAGCCCCUCUCUGAGGCGGGAGAGCAAGUCCCCAAGACGCAAAAGCCCAUCUCCCAGACGCCAAGGUCCCUACCCCAGACUGAGCCCAUCUCCCAGACCCAAGAGCCCAUCUCCCAGACGCAAGAAGUCCCCCAGGCAGAGCAUAGAUGCAAGACGCAAGAGACCACCUAGGCGCAAGAGCUCAUCUCCCAGACGCAAGAACCUAUCUCCCAGACGCAGCAGAUCCCCCAGAUGCAACAGCCCAUCACCUAGACGUCGGUGCCCGUCUUCCAGACAGAGCAAGUCCCCAACACAUCGGAGCCCAUCUCCCAGAUUCCGGGGCCACUCUCCCAGACAGAGCAGAUCUCCAAGAUGCUGGGUCCCUUCUCCCAGACGCCAGAGCCUUUCACCCAGACAGAGCAGAUCCCCAAGACAAUGGGUCCCUUCUGCCAGACGCCAGAGCCCUUCUCCCAGACGCCAGAGCCCUUCUCCCAGACGCCAGAGCCCUUCUCCCAGACGCCAGAGCCCUUCUCCCAGACGCCAGAGCCCUUCCCCCAGCCGCCAGAGCCCUUCCCCCAGACGCCAGAGCCCUUCUCCCAGAUGCCAGAGCCCCUCUCCCAGACGCCAGAGCCCCUCUCCCAGACGCCAGAGCCCCUCUCCCAGACGCCAGAGCCCCUCUCCCAGACGCCAGAGCCCCUCUCCCAGGCGCCAGAGCUCCUCUCCCAGGCGCCAGAGCCCCUCUCCCAGGCGCCAGAGUUCCUCUCCCAGGUGCCAGAGCCCCUCUCCCAGGCGCCAGAGCCCCUCUCCUAGAUGCCAGAGCCCCUCUCCCAGGUGCCAGAGCCCUUCUCCCAGAUGUCAGACCCCCUCUCCCAGGCGCCAGAGCCCCUCUCCCAGUCGCCAGAGCCCCUCUCCCAGUCGCCAGAGCCCCUCUCCCAGGCGCCAGAGCCCCUCUCCCAGUCGCCAGAGCCUCUCUCCCAGAUGCCAGAGCCCCUCUCCCAGUCACCAGAGCCCCUCUUCCAGGCGUCAAAGCCCUUCCCCAAGGCAAAGCAGGUCCCCGAGACGAUGGGUCCCAUCUCCCAGACGACAGACCACUUCUCCCAGACAAUCCAGGGAGCUGGGGGGCCGGAGCCAGCCGGCAGACACUCCCUGGUCUCUGACGGUGUGUCCAGAACCCCGGAGGGAGAGUCCGGCUGUCAGAAGCCCCCCUCCUUUAUUGCCAGGGACAGGCGGAGGAGGGGUCGCAUCCCCGUCAGUUCCCCAUGGGCCUCCACCUACUGUCUCUCCAACAGGGCGGGGAAGAGGGCAGGAUGGCACCCCAAGCAGUGAGAGCCCCUCCCAGGGUCUCCCUUCCUCACCUCCAAACUCCAGACCUCAGGUUACUGCCUCCAAAAGGAAGCGCCGAGGAUCUUCCUCCUCGUCCUCGACCACCUCCUCCACUUCCUCCUCAUCCUCCUCCUCUUCUUCCUCCUCCUCCUCCUCCUCCAGCUCCCCUGCCUCGGGGAGCAGCCGCUCACCUUCAGCUGCCAGGAGGGACCGAGAUCACAACAGACACAGGAAGCGGGGACCCAGCUCGUCCCAGGACAGGGGGAGGCAGAGAUCAAGCAGUGGGACCAGGAGAGGGGGAGUGGCCGGCACGGCCCUGGGUCGGGCUGGAUCCCGGCGCUCCCGCAGCAGGAACCCCAGGCGACACCGCACUGGCAGCACGUCCUCCUCCAGCUCCUCCUCCCUCUCACGGACGCGGCGGAGGCGCAGGGAGUGGCCCAGGAGGACACCCUCCCCUCCUCGAGGACGGCGGUCACGCAGCCCGAGGAAGCCCAUCGACUCGUUGAGGGACUCCCGGUCCCUCAGUUACUCACCAGUAGAACGAGGGCGAGUCCACGCAUCCAGGGAAUCCCAUCGGCAGUGGGAGCGGGAGCGUCGCCACAGGCGGUCGGGCAGCCAGUCACCAGCCAGGAAGAGGCAUCACGAUUUCCCAAGUCCUCGGGAUCGGCGGAGGUACCGGAGGUCUCCUUAGGCCAGGAAAUGGCUCCAAUCACUCCUCUGUGCAAUGGAGAUCGUCGCCCUGAGGUGCUGGCGGACUGCUGAAAGACUAUUUGCCCUUCCAGACUGUGAAAAGUAAAUCCUGUAUCGUUAACUUCUUUCCCCCGUUGUUUAUUUUUUAUAAGAUAUCCUUUUCCUGUCUUCUUAAAUGCUGGCCUCUGUGCACGGAGACCCUGAGACAUUCAAGAGGUUCUGUGGACAAUGACAGGGCUGGUGUGGAGGGAAUAGUCAAGACUCGAAUGACCCCCCUCCCCAACAUGGUGGGUACUGGAGGGCAGGAUUUCAACAGACACCACUGGCCUCACAGGGAGUUCCAGUAACCGAGCUCCAGUCUUGCUUAGAUUUUGUAUGAUCCACAGUUUGUUGUUUACCCCUUCCUGUAACACUGAAACCCCCCUUCACCACACAAAGACAAAUAAAAGUUAAAGGUUGAACAAUG